AUGUCUUCAAUUUUACUAACAUCUUUUUGUUUAUUUUUAUUUUCAUUAAAUAAUUUGUCAUCACAAUCAACUUUUUGUCUUUUUGAAGUACUAGGUUCAUCUGAAUUUUCACCAGUUUCAUCAUCUAAUUGA